GCCCGUCACCACUCCGCUGCCACCAACGCCACCGCCGCUGCUGCUGCUGUUGUCACUGCUGCUGGUGUUGCUGCUGUUGUCACUGUUGCCGCCGCUGGUGCCGCCGCUGCUGCUCACAUCAGCCACAUUGAGGCAGUGCUAUCGCUUGUCCCCGAUUUAUCUCAUUUGCAGCCCCUCUACAGCCAAUUGGUGGAUAUUCCACAUUCCUAUUGUAGGAUGUAGUUACUAUGCCACUGAUAAUGUAGUUACUAUGCCACUGAUAAUGUAGUUACUACGUCACUGUUAAUAUAGUUACUAUGCCACUGAUAAUAUAGUUGCUAUGCCACUGAUAAUCUAGUUACUACGUCACUGAUAAUGUAGUUACUACGCCACUGGUAAUGUAGUUACUACGCCACUGAUAAUGUAGUCACUACACCACUGAUAAUGUAGUUACUCCACCACUGAUAAUGUAGUUACUACACCACUGAUAAUGUAGUUACUACGCCACUGAUAAUGUAGUUACUACGCCACUGAUAAUGUCGUUACUAUGCCACUGAUAAUGUAGUUACUACGUCGCUGAUAAUAUAGUUACUAUGCCACUGAUAAUAUAGUUGCUAUGCCACUGAUAAUCUAGUUGCUAUGCCACUGAUAAUCUAGUGACUACGUCACUGAUAAUGUAGUUACUACACCACUGAUAAUGUAGUUACUACGCCACUGAUAAUGUAGUUACUACACCACUGAUAAUGUAGUUACUACGCCACUGAUAAUGUAGUUACCACGCCACUGAUAAUGUAGUUACCACGCCACUGAUAAUGUAGUUACUACACCACUGAUAAUGUAGUUACUACACCACUGAUAAUGCAGUUACUACACCACUGAUAAUGUAGUUACUACGCCACUGAUAAUGUAGUUACUACACCACUGAUGAUUUCGUUACUACGCCACUGAUAAUGUAAUUACUACGCCACUGAAAAUGUAGUUACUACACCACUGAUAAUGUAGUUACUACGCCACUGAUAAUGUAGUUACUACACCACUGAUAAUGUAGUCACUACAACACUGAUAAUGUAGUUACGCCACUGAUAAUGUAGUUACUACGCCACUGAUAAUUUAGCUAAUACGCCACUGAUAAUGUAGUUACUACGCCACUGAUAAUGUAGCUACUACGCCACUGAUAAUGUAGUUACUACGCCACUGAUAAUGUAGCUACUACGCCACUGAUAAUGUAGUUACUACACCACUGAUAAUGUAGUUACUACGCCACUGAUAAUGUAGCUACUACGCCACUGAUAAUGUAGUUACUACGCCACUGAUAAUGUAGUUACUACUCCACUGAUAAUGUAGUUACUACGCCACUGAUAAUGUAGUUACUACGCCACUGAUAAUGUAGCAACUAUGCCACUGAUGAUUUCGUUACGACGCUACUGGCGCAGCCCCCUCGCUCGUGCCGAGAGAAAUGUGAUGUUUUUUGAAGAAGUUGCCAACCACCACAGAUUGCCUGGAGAUGCGUCGGAUAAUGACGACGACCUGGCAGCGCCGGGGAGGCCGGGAUGCAUGCCGAGAGCGGGCACCCUGGACAUUGGCAGCGCCGUCAUGGGGAACGGCAUGAGCCCGGUCGCGAGGAUGCUCGCUCGGGCGAACAAGAGCAACACCAACAACAAGCAGCUGCUGACGCGUAGCGUGGAGGACCUGUCGGCCGCCACGGGUAACGGCCAAGACCAGGAGCCUGCGGAAUCGGUGAAUUUGAGUCGAUCUGUGCCAGAUCUGUUGGCAUCGGACGAGAGUGAAAAGGACGACGAGACCGACUCCAUGACGGAGAACUUCAACUUCCGACUUCACCGGAAGACCGGCAGCACCGUGACGAGCCACACCGUGUCCAGCUUCACGUCGUCGUCAGCGUCGGUGAGCAGCAGCAUGAUGAGCCUGUACAGCGAGGCGGGCGACUUUGGGAGCGUGAGCGUGACGGGCGAGGUGGAGUUCUCGCUCUCCUACGAGGACCGCCGCGGCGAGCUGCUUGUCCACGUGAACCGCUGCCGUGGCCUUGCAGCCGCACACGGCAAGAAGAACCGCUCCGACCCCUACGUGAAGAUUUACCUCCUGCCAGACAAAUCGCGGCAGAGCAAACGCAAGACGAUGGUGAAAAAGAAAACCCUGGAGCCCAUGUACAGCGAAGUUCUGCGCUACAAGGUGGACAGAACGGAGCUGAGGAAGCGGGUGCUGAACCUGUCGGUGUGGCACAACGACACGUUCGGCAGGAACAUCUUCCUGGGGGAGGUCAACCUCAUCCUCAACAGCUGGGACUGGGCCAACCACGUCAUGAACUGGUACACACUGCAGCCAAAGGACUUCACAAGCACAGAGCCGGCAGAGACCAGGGGCCAGAUCCUCAUUGGACUCAAGUUCAUUCCAGCAAAUUCUAUCGGUGGCCAGAGUCCACCCACGGGCGAGAUCCACAUCUGGAUCAAGCAGGCCAACAACGUGCUGCCCCACCGAGCGCAGGGGGUCGACUCGUUCGUCAAGUGCUACAUCCUUCCGGACACGAGCCGGAAGAGCCGCCAGAAGACGCGGGUGAUCCGCAAGUCGAUAAACCCGGAGUACAACCACACGAUGGUAUACGACGGCUUCCGCAACCAGGACGUGCUGCAGGCGUGCGUGGAGCUCACCGUCUGGGACCACGAAAGGUUCUCCACCAACCAGUUCCUGGGCGGCGUGCGGCUCGGCAAUGGAACCGGCAUGAGCUACGGGCAGCUCGUGGAGUGGAUGGACUCGCGCGGGGAGGAGAAGCGCCUCUUCGAGGAGAUGGUGUCUCGGCCCGGCGAGUGGGUGGAGGGCGUCCUUCCCCUGCGCACCAACAUGGCCACCACCCAGGACUUGAAGUGAUUCUCGGGAGGCGAGACUGCAAUCCAUGGAGGCCGACGACGUCCGACUCCACUUGCCACGUUGCCACGGGACGGGCGCUUCGGAUGCGUCGCAAGCGUUUCAGAUUUUAUUUUUUGUCCGACAAUUGGAUUGUUGAGGACCAUUCUUUUUUGGGGGAAACUUAAAAUUGGUGAAGAACACGCGCUCGAACAAAGGCGGCGCCGCCCCCCAAUGGUGCGUCGCUUUCGGGUGGAAAAGUGCGCGGAAGCAACGCCAACAACAACAACGACUUGUUUUCUGGGCCCGGUUCUCGGAUCAAUCUAAGAAUCAGAUCUCGAAUCCAGUCUUUGUCAAAACAGACACUUGUUUUUAAAAAAAGGCACUUAUUUUUUGACAAUUUUCUAACCAUCCUCUAAGGCUGCAAUAAUACUUCACAGGCUUGUUACGGUGCACUUAUGAACAAGACGCCGCUGAAAGUAAAAAAAAAUAAGCACAUAUGGCUACGUACGGUGCAAAAGAAGUCCAUCGAACAAAGAUGGCGACUGCAUCGCGCACUUUGAGAUGCACUUCUGCAGCCGUCUGGAACGUUCUUCCGUCCGAUUUUAGGAAGCCGCUGGGGCUCAUGCACUUUUAAAUCAUCGUCAUUUAGAUUGACAAACUCAUUUCUUGAAAACUACUUUUCGUGUUUACUUUGUCCUUCCGCCGCAACUUCGAUUAGCACGGUUGGCUACCUAUGGUGCGAGAGAAGUUCAACAUGCAUACAACAUGCGUACGUGAUUAUCUUCUUUUUAACACGUAGGCUUUCGCGACCAGUAUCAUCCAUAAUGCAGGUUUAUAUGUAUUCAUGAAUCCUCCCCUCUUCCCACUUCGCGCAAGAAGGGCACACCAGUGAUAAUCAUCACAUAUCUUCCUCUAUUUCAGGAACGAAACAGGAGGAUUUCCCCACAAAUUUGGCUUGUUGCCUGAUGAAGCUAGUUGUAAUUACUGGUGAAACGUCGAACUCGGAUUAUGAAUGUUGUGGCUUUGCUCUACAACAGACCGUUGUGCUGUACUUAUAACGAAUUGGCACGUUCUGUUUACAUUAAUUGGCUGUGUCAGGUGGUGGUGGGUUUAAUGGCACAUUUAUAUAUUUACGCGAUCUAACACAAAAAAACGACCUGUAUUAUGGAUUAUUAUGUUCUGCUCUUGAGACAUCGUGCACAGCUGUCAGUAAGCCGCACGCUUCAUGUGGUCACGUUCACGGUACUUUGCAUUUUCAAUUGGCAUUUAUUGCUCCUGCUGUUGCUAUUAUCAGCAACUGCAAAGCUUAACAACAACUUUCUAAACAUUAAAUAUUUAAAUGUUAAAAAAAACUUUUCAUCGAAGUAGGAUAAAUGCAUUUUGCAGAUGUCCAAGGGAUCCCUUUAAUAAAAAAAAUAACAUUGUUUAUAGGAUAAGCAUAGGAAUUGUUAUUUAACAUGGAAUGUAAUGUUUAUUACGCAGUUACGUCGUCUUAACUUAACACCACACACCGUUAGAUCUUAUUUGCAAACAGUCUGAAAUUGAAGAAUAACAAUCAUAAUUAUUUACGCCCCUUUGUCAAUCCACUGCCGGAUGAAGGCCUCCCCACACAGUAGUAAUAGUUUUUUACCCUUUUAUCUGGCAACAAAACUGACACCUUUAUACAAGGGAUCAUGUUUGCAUUAACCACAACACUUGCGGUAAAAAUGCAAACAAAAAGACAACUCUGAUAAUGUAUGCACUGUCCUUGAAAUUGAUUGGUCCACACCCGAGACAGCUUUUCUUAGAACCUAGUCUCACAUGGUGUUGGACCAGAUGACACCAAAAGGCAUACAACUUAAAGACAUCGCACCAUCAGAGUAUUGAGAGCUCGGGGUAAGCAUUUACAUUAUGAGACCUCCUUUGCCAGUAGCAAGAUAUAGGAAUAGUUUUUUACCUCCCCACACAGUCUGUCACAGGGAUCGUUGAACCAUACUUCCCCACGCUGGUCAGUGUGGGUUUAUUCAAGUCUGGUUGUCAUCCCCAAACGGGUUCACAGGUCCCACACGCCCUACCCAUUGCUGGUCGCGGCUGGGAGUCGAACGCAGGUCACCGGGUUCGUGGUGCCCUGUGGCUGCCCCACCUAUGGGACCUUUCUUGCCAGGAUCAAAAUGACCUUUUAACAUCUCAACACCUAUAGAGUAUUGUUUUUUUUCAUUUUUUCUCGUAAUUUUUAUUCCGGCAAAAAGGGACCCAUCGAUAUAACUGCACGACCCGAAGCUAUUCGUGCUCUGGAUAGGUGCAUUGCCUUUGUGCUGAUCGCGUUUUGGCGAACGCCGGUAUUGAAACUUGGCCAAAAAGAAGGCCGUUUCUGCUGUAGACCAAUCAGUUUCAAAGACAAUGUGUAACACAUUUAUUUAUUUUCUGUUCCUGGGUAAUAAGUGUUAUUUUCUAAUUGCUCAUGCCUCAAAAGUAUAGAAAAUGGCUAUUAUUCCCUGCAAACUUUUCUUUUGUGACCAGGACAGUGAUAUUUAGAAAUGUACCUUUUUUACCAGAAUAUUCCAGAUAGAUUCAGUGCCAAGUAAACAUGGAGUAACUUCUAGAGCAAUCUAGAACUUUUCAGUAAAAUAAAUAGUGGUAUAAAUACAGGGGCCUUAAGCCCACCAGUUCAAUUUAGUUCCAGCUGCCUAUGUGGAUACAUAUCUGCAUUUUUCUGAGAUGGCAUCAAGAGACUGCAAGCAUCCGGCAGACACAUUCUGUUAUUUCUGCGGCCAAUUUAUCAAGACAAGAGCGAAAAAGUACUCUGUGGAAGCAUCUGCUAAGAUGUGCGAGGCCUACAAGACAUAUUUCGGCAAGCCUGUCGGGGAUCAAGACAAAUCCUGGGAACCUCAUUUUACCUGCGAGCAAUGCAAACAAACUUUGGAAGGUAAGAUGGACAAUUGUGGCACGGAAUUUUACGUUAGAAAAUUUGUAAAACAAAAUUUAAAUUGUAAAAGUUUUACAUUUUCAAAUGUUUUACAAUUUCAACGUUAUUGAAAAGAUAUAUCAUAUGAAAAAUGUUGCGAUAAUCUUUUACACAUUAGUCAUGGGUGAAAUGUAUUUUUAUAGGAUGGUACAGAGGGGAAAAGAGAGCCAUGAAGUUCGCUAUCCCAAGAAUUUGGUGGGAAUCCACUGACCACUCAAGCAACUGCUACUUCUACAUGGUGGACCCUUCCAAACGACGUCGGACUGGACUAUCUGGACCUUCCUUCAUCCAUCGCCCCGGUGCCAGACUGCCAUGAGCUCUCCGUACCCACUCCUCCGGAGCGAGAGCAGCCGUCUUUAGCAGAGAGCAGCAAGUCAGAGAGUGGGGAAGACGUAGAUCCAGAUGACAAUUUCAGAGGUGGGGCUGAGGAAAGAAACCCAUACUACCCCAACCAAAAAGACCUCAAUGGCUUGAUCAGAGAUCUUGGUCUCACCAAGUCCAAUGCCGAGCUUUCGACGUGUAGGUUCAAGCAGUGAAACUUGUUGGAUGAAAGUGUGCAAGUCGCAGAUCAGAGGAAGCGUCACCAACCUUUUUGCAGCUUCUUCACCCGUCAAGAUGGGCUCUGCCACAAUGUGACCAGUCUUCUGCCACAAUGUGACAAGUCUGUCCGAGGCAAUUAGAAUCGCCUGUAACCAGAAUGAGUGGCGCCUCUUCAUUGACAGCUCAUCCAGGAGCCUCAAAGCCAUGCUGCUCCAUAAUGGUAACAGGUACCCGUCUCUUCACCUGGCUCACUCGGUGCACCUCAAAGAGGAUUACAACAGCAUCAAGACCUUGCUGGACGCCUUGAAAUAUGAUGAGUACGGCUGGGAGGUCAUCGGAGACUUCAAAAUGGUGGCAUUCCUGAUGGGUCUUUACGGCGGUUUUACCAAGAUUCCCAGCUAUCUUUGCCUUUGGGACAGCAGGGACACCAAGAUGCACUACCACAGGCGGGACUGGCCACAGCGGACCGAGUUCUCUUUGGGGAGGAACAACGUCAAGUGGGAGCCACUUGUGGACCCCUGGAAGGUGCUGAUGCCACCACUGCACAUCAAAUUGGGCCUAUUGAAAUAAUUUGUCAGAGCUGUAGAUAAGGAGUCGGCAGCCUUCAAGUACCUUCAAUACUUAUUCGUUAAGCUGUCUCAGGCAAAGGUCAAAGCCGGUGUCUUCAUCGGACCACAGACAAAUAAUAUCCUGGAGUGCAAUGAAUUCCCCAAGAAGCUCACUAGUAAGGAGAAAGCAGCUUGGAACAGUUUUGUCGCAGUGGUUCGUGGCUUCCUGGGCAAUCACAAGGUCGAAAAUUGUGGAGCUGGUUGUAACUCUGGUGAAGAACUACGGCACAAUGGGGGCUAUAGGAUGUCCCUCAAAGUCCAUAUCCUUGAUGCUCAUCUUGAUAAAUUCAAGGAGAACAUGGCAGCGUACUCGGAUGAGCAAGGCGAGCGCUUCCACCAGAAUAUACUGGUCUUUGAACGCCGCUACCAAGGACAAUAUAACGAGAACAUGAUGGAAGGCUACAUUUGGGGGCUGAUUCGUUAAAGUGAUUUACAGUAUCAUCGUAAAUCUCGAAAAACUACUAAAUAUUUUGAAGUAAUUUUUGUAUUACUUUAGUAUAAAUACAUGUUAAUUUUGAUUCAUGUUGUUUUUUCUGACUUGUUAACGAAAAGACACAGUCGCCCGUUUUAUCAUUGAAAAUAGGUACAUUUCAAGAUAUCACUCCUGGUCACAAAAGCAAAGUUUGUGGGGAAUAAUAGCCAUUUUUAUUACUUUUUAGGCAUACGCAAUUAGGAAAUAACACUUACUACCCAGGAACAAAAAUUGUGUUACAUCGUGUUAUUAUCAGAGCAUGUUUGUUUUGUUUUUGCAACAAGUACCGGUACUGUGUGGUUAAUGCGGACUUGAUGCCAUGCAAUCUGUAUCCAUUUGGCGUUGGAACAUCUUAACACCUGCUUCAUUGCCAGAAAGGGUAAAACCUAUUAUUUGUUUCAUCACUGCGCCACCGCUCCCCACCCGAAGAUUUCUCGUGUUCCCCCUGUCCCCCCAAACGGACGGACUCUGAGUGCCUUGAGGUUCAUCUUUGGCGUGACUCACGAUGCUUCCUACCGUGACGAUUGAUGCUCAUGGCCACCUGCACUACGGAAUACCAACCGCACAGCGAUGCACUCAGCCGGGCACACGCCACAUCCAGUAUACCCCACCCGUUUGCCAAAGUCGUGGCUACUAAAGAGCCAUGGGUGCCACCCACUCCGAGCGGGCGCGACCCAGCAAACAUUUCGGCGACGCAGUCAAUGACAAUUUUCAGUCAGGAACGGGGGGGGGGGGCGUUUCAUGCCCCUCCAGGGAUGCCCUCUUGCUUGCUGCUCACGAACAGGGCUCUCCCUCCUGCCAUGUUGAUGCUGUCUGCACUUAUCUGCUCCAAUGCCCCGCUUGUGACCACGUGGGCUUAAAAGUUGUCUUUCUUAAAUAAGGUCACAAAGUGAAUACAAUUUGUUCUUUUUUAAAAUGUUAUUUUGAAUGGUUUUUUUUACACGUGACAUUGUGUAAAGGUUUUUUAUUGUAUCGGUUGUAAUUUGUCGUGUGUAAAUACGUUUACAACUCCCAAAACAUUUACACUCGUCGUCUGUAACCAUACACGGGGCAUCGUCAGGUCCCAGAGCCCAUUCCACGGACCCGCGAGUGGGAACCACAUGGCAGUGGUUCCCGCUCGCGGGUACACCACGAACCGGUGCGUGCGAGAAUCUAUUAUUAAGAGUUGUGCAAGUGAAGUUGUGUUUGACAUUUCGAGGUCGACAGAACAAACAGAAACGCCGAGACAAAAAUGAGAACAUGGUGCGACGGUGAAGAGGAAAGGUCGCCGAUUUAGAAGAAGAAAAAGAAGAGAACUGGCGGUCGAGGCGACUGGUGCCGACACCGCUGCAGCUGGACAAAUCUUGUAUCGUCUCUCUCGUGUUAUCCGCUUGGUUGUAAUCUACGGUUCAGUUUUUUGCACCACAUUUACAGAGUAUAUACACAAAUUAAAACAACUUCGGAGGCGA